AUGAAGUUCGAACCGACCACUGAACCUGGUAUCUUCCUAGGAUAUGUCAUCCACCCCGGCUUCCAUUGGAGAAAAGAAUUUGCAGUAGCUUCUCUAAAACAAAUCAAUGAUGCAGAUUUUGACCAAUCCGUCACAGUAUUGAGGGUGUUAAAAAUCUCAGUACCUGAGAAGAUUGAGUUUCCCUGUCGCAAACGUGCCGAUGCCAUCCGAGACGGUAGCUUGAAACCAAACCAGCUGUGUGAUGAGCAGGAUGCAUUACCGCCACCGGAAGAGCAAGAUGCUCAGCCUGUGCGGGAGCCAGGAACCGUGUGGACGAGCCCAUCAGAGGCCUGUGCGGUUGCCGGGAGGCCCGCCAUCCUCGAGCGCAUCACCCAAUGGGAAGCUGUGGUCAAUACCCUGAAGGCAGCCAUUGCGGUGGCGACCUGGGACGACCCACAGGUGCUCUUGCGAGAGAUGGAAGGAUGCCGCCUACCCCUGGCGAAUAUCGUCGAGCCGAUGCUGGGUGGUGGCAAUGCUGAAGGGGCAUACGACACGCUCGCGGAGGUCUACAAGAACACGCCCGAUGGGUUUUUGGCCAUGUGCCCCUACCCGCCGGGAGGCGAGGUCGACCUGCUGAUCGUAUCAGACUCAUCUCUUGCUCUGGUACCGGACCCCCAAGCAGGCAAGGCUUCGUGUUUUUCCGGAGGCGAUCUUUUGAAGCCCUGGGGAGACAUCCGUGGCAUUUACACGAAAAUGUUGUGGGGCAAAGGUUUGAACCAUAUGGUGCAGUAUAUCCCCGAGGCCAUCGAUGACAUCGAGUCCACCAAUCGUGCACAUGGUCGCCCGGAGCAGAAGAACUACCCGAAUCUCACCAUCCUCAAGGCCGCGUACCAGCUUGAAAUCGAUUCGAAUGUAUCCUCCCCAAAAGAUCUUCCUCAGCGACCUGAUCCUGAGAAGCUCAUGUUGGAUGCAGAUGUCGAGAUUUUCAACUGGGUGCUUCAAGCUGAGGAGAGCGCCACAGCCUCUGCCGACCGGGAGGUCGAGUCCUGGAUGCGAGACAUUCCUGAAGAGGACCAGGCAUUGGAACCCAUGCACAUUGACAACGCUGAUUCGGACGAUGAGGCUGUCAAAGUUAAGGCCCUCACCAUGGAUGAUCGAAUUUUGGCAAGGCGAAAAGGCCUAUCAGAGGAGCACGACCAAGAAUGGCAAGAUGCCACCUAUGCGGCCGAGGAUGAAGACGAGGACUUCAAAGGGUGGGACCUCAUUGAGGAUGACAAACGCCCGCCGGGAGUCGUGGCCAGUGACCCAGUGCAUGAAGAGGAAAAGGAGCUGGACCUUGACGACCUCGAGACGGUGGCUUCGGUGGAGAUUGUCGAUGAAGAGGAGUUCCACGACGCUGAGGAGGGGCAGGCCGAGCCAAUCGAUGAUGAUGACGAUGACGACAUGGCCGUGAUCGACAAGGUCUCUGCUAUGCAGGCCUCGAAGUCUGAUGCACGGGGGGACCCGGAGCCCAUGGAGGUUGAUGAUCAGGGCAACAAGAUGGUCCAGAGUACGGCAUCAGCGAAGACCUGGAAGACGGAGAUGGCCCAGAGCUCGUCAUCGGCAAAGACGUGGAAGACUGACAUGGCUCAGAGCACCUCAUCUGCAAAGACAUGGCGAACUGACACCACUGCAGCUGCGUCGGCGGGAGCCACGCCUUCUGACCCGACGUCCAAGCUCAAGCCCAAGAAGAAGGCCAUGCCCAAGAGAUUGAAGGUUGUGGAUGAGGGACAUGGGCCAAGUGCUGAACAGUUUGACACGUCGAAAUUUGCUUCAGCACAGGAUCUGGUUUGGAUUGAGCCGGACAACAUGGCAGGAGUUCCUGUGCGCAAGGUGGACUACGGGAGGCUUGGAUCGAUUUCCCAUGCUAUGUCCGACUACCUCCGUGGCCAUCGAAUGUUUCACAGGAGGCCAUCACCUGAGAUUCGGAGGACUGAUUUGUCAAUGGAUUUCAAGGCAUUGGUGAGGCAUCUCCAAGGGGAUUUUGCACACCUUCGAGAAGAAGAAGUUUUGAUGGUCGUGCGCAACUCUCCAAUGCGUCGCUUCAGAGUCCAGGUGAACGGCUUGUCGUCCGGAAAGCUCAGGUGGACGCCAGUGAGGAUCAGGGCCAUUCAGGGUCAUCGGGCCUUUCUCGUGGAGCAAGGGGGGAUGUCAAGCAUGAUCAAAACGAUGUUCACUUUUGACGAGAACUUCGACCAGACCAAGAUUGACGACCCAUCGGUCCACCCCGCUUUCUCUGCGAUGCCGGAAG